AUGCCUGCUCAAGAACUCGACGGGCCGAACCCGCCUCCCGAUGCGUCGCUCUUGCCUGACGAGCUCCUGAGCCUCAGCGUCAAACUCGAUCUCAAUGGCGUUCUCUCUCCCGAGGAGUUGAAGGCCAUUCAGAAUUUCCGUCGCGCCGCAAACUACAUCGCCGCAGCGAUGAUCUUCCUCAAGGAUAAUGCACUUCUCGAGCGCCCCUUAUCACCUGAUGAUAUCAAGAACCGCUUGCUAGGACACUGGGGAACCUGUCCCGGCCUUAUCCUCGUCUACACGCACCUUAACCGCCUCAUCCGCAAGCUUGAUCUCGACGCCUUAUAUAUCGUUGGUCCUGGCCAUGGCGCACCGGCCAUCCUCUCUUGCCUCUGGCUAGAGAACUCGCUCGCACCAUUCAUGCCCGACUACACCCGGGAUAAGGCUGGUCUUGAGAAGCUCAUCUACGCCUUCUCUGUUCCCGGUGGCUUCCCCAGUCACGUCAAUGCCGAAACCCCUGGUGCCGUCCACGAAGGUGGCGAGCUCGGCUACGCAUUGAGUGUCGCAUUCGGUACCGUUAUGGAUAAGCCCGACCUCAUUGUGGCUUGCGUUGUCGGUGACGGCGAGGCAGAGACUGGCCCUACAGCUACCGCGUGGCAUGGCUACAAGUACAUCGACCCCAAAGAGUCCGGUGCUGUCAUCCCCAUCGUGCACGUCAACGGCUUCAAGAUCUCCGAGCGUACCAUCUACGGCACGAUGGACGACAAGGAGAUGCUUGCUCUCUUCACCGGUUACGGAUACCAAGUACGCUUCGUCGAGGACCUUGACAACAUCGACGCAGAUCUUGCCGCGUCUAUGGAAUGGGCCGUCACCGAGAUCAAGAAGAUCCAACACGCCGCACGCUCGGGGAACCCCAUCGUUAAGCCCCGCUGGCCAGUCCUCAUUAUGCGCACGCCCAAGGGUUGGGGUGGCCCGAAGUCCUUCCACGGCGAGCUCAUCGAAGGCUCUUUCCACUCGCAUCAAGUACCACUGCCCGAGGCGAAGUCGAACCACGAACAACUCUCCGCCCUUGGCCAAUGGCUCAACUCCUACAAGCCCAAGGAGCUUUUCACCGAGACUGGCGAGCCGACGCAGGAGAUACUCUCCAUUGUUCCCGAGUCGAACGCAAAGAAGCUCGGUCAGCGUGUCGAGGCGAAUGGCGGCUAUAUCCCGCUUGACGUACCGCAUUGGGAACGCUCAGCCGUGGAGAAGGGCUCGCAACAGAGCUGCAUGAAGGUCGUCGGCGAGUUCUUGCACGAUGUGAUCGAGCGCAACCCCAAGAGCUUCCGUCUUUUCUCGCCCGAUGAGCUCGUCUCGAACAAGCUCGAUGCCGUUCUGCGCGACUCUGGCCGCAACAUGCAGUGGGAUAAGGCGAGCCGCGGGCAAGGCGGUCGUGUCGUUGAGAUCCUCUCGGAGCAUACCUGCCAGGGUAUGCUCCAGGGUUACACGCUCACUGGCCGUACUGGCUUGUUCCCCAGUUACGAAGCGUUCCUGGGUAUCGUCGCUACUAUGAUGGUCCAGUACAGUAAGUUCGUCAAGAUGGGUCGCGAGACGACGUGGCGCCAGCCCGUCGGUAGCUUGAACUACAUUGAGACGUCCACCUGGACUCGCCAGGAGCAUAACGGCUUCUCGCACCAGAACCCGGCCUUCAUCGGUUCGGUUCUUAACCUCCGUCCGGAGGCGGCGCGUGUGUACCUGCCACCCGAUGCGAACUGCUUCCUCUCGACGGUUGCACACUGCCUUCGCGCGAAGAACUACGUUAACUUGAUGGUCGGUUCGAAACAGCCCACGCCCGUCUGGCUCUCUGCCGAGGAGGCCGAUGCGCACUGCAUCGCAGGUGCUAGCGUGUGGAAGUUCGCGUCAACGGAGCAAGGUGUCAACCCUGACGUUGUUCUCGUCGGUAUCGGCGUAGAAGUCACUUUCGAGGUCAUCGCCGCCGCCGCAUUGCUCCGCAAGACGUGCCCCGACUUGCGCGUCCGCAUUGUCAACGUCACCGACUUGAUGAUCCUCGGACCGUAUGCCUCGCAUCCUCAUGCAUUACAAGACAACGACUUCGACGCGCUCUUCACCGCUGACCGCCCCGUCAUCGUCAACUACCACGGCUACCCGAUUGAGCUUCGCGGCUUGCUCUUCGGUCGCCCGAACCUCGGCCGUUUCAAGAUCGAGGGUUAUCGUGAGGAGGGUACGACGACGAGUCCGUUCGACAUGAUGCUCAGCAAUCAUACCGAUCGUUAUCACAUUGCGGCGGAGGCUGUUCGUGGUGGCGCGCUUCACAACCCGAAGGUGCAGAUCAUCGCUCAGCUCCGCGCCGCUGAGUACUUGCAUGCUGUGGCGAAGGACAAGGAGUUCAUCCUCGAGAACGGCAAGGACCCGGAGGGUACCUUCGACACGCCGACGUUCGCGUAG